AUGAUGAUGAUUCCGCUGUUUGCUUUAUUUUUAUUCGGCGUCGCAUCGGCUUCAUACUGUGGACAGGCCGGUGUACCCUUUAGCAUAGAGGUAACCUUUAAGAACAUAAAAAAAGUGCUAGGAUAGUGCUUUCUAACCUUAUCUGUUUACUGUUUGAGAUUGCUCCCAAUGGCCAGCCAAUCCUCGGAUGUGCCCGUCCAAUUUGCUUUGGAUGGAAGGCCGAUGGCAGAAGGUCUGCUGACGCCGCUCAAUUCUACCAGAUUGGUUCCAUCAUGGACGGAUUCAUACGAUCAUCGGAUCAUUCCGGACCUGCAGCUAAAAACGCUUCCAUCUUCCAGCCUCAAUUCGCGGUAAUUAAUUGUAUUUAAUAUAACCAAAUUGUUAGGUUUGCGACAGAAAUUUUAUGUCUGAACGUUGUGUGGGACAGAACGAAUGGGUUGGCGGUAUUUUCCCACAGGGAAAGAUCGAUUCCACAGAUCCGUAAGUCAUCAAAGACGAAGGCUAAUGAAAACUGCAGAAUGAAAAUUAUGUGCUGUACUUAUGAAAAGCUACGGACAUCGCAAGACCGCGGAAUCUUGAGACUCCGUCCAGGCCAAGCUGUUCAAGGAGGAGAGAUCAGAAAUGAAGAGGGCAGACAACAAGGAUUCGAAUAUAUUUCCAGCAUCGAAAGAAUGUUCGAUGAUCACGGAGUUGUCUACACCGUCCGAAUGCGAAGCUUCGGCUGUGUUCCUGAACCGAAUGGACCGGCUUCCGUUGAAGACGGCGCUGCCAAAUAUUUGGUCGAUAAUAUCAAUGCCAUCGACCAUCCAGCCACAAAGAAACCAACCUCAAAGAGCAGUACUCCAGCCCCAGAACUCCCUAAUCUUCUAGGGCUUCCAACUCUGGGUCCUCUUCCUGGCUUUGGACAGCCAGGACUUAGUGGUCAGACAGGAGCUGGAAUUCCAGGAAUCCCAAACAUCGGUAGUGCUCCAGCUCCACAAUCAGUAGACAAUGAGAGCCCUUCCUUCGAUGAACGAACAUUUCAAUUGCCCGAUGAAAUGCCAGCCGAAGAUCCGGCUCCUGCCCUCGCGACUCUUUCGGAGAGUCCCUCGCCUUCAUCGUCAUCCCGUCCUCGGCCAGUACCCAUUGCGCAACCAUACGAGGAAGAAGAAGCCCCAGUACAACAACAAUUUGCCCGUGCUCACAGCGCUCCCGUCGUUCCAGUAGAACAAGCCGUUCCUCUUCCUUCUAGACCUCAACCACAAUAUCUCCGACCUCAGCCUACUCCCAUCCAACCACAGAUUCAACUUCAGCUACCUCAAAACCCAUUCGAAACGAUGGGACUUGGCAAUCCCUUUGCUCCUCCUCAGCUAACGGCCACACCAACCCGAGCUCGAGCACACGGAAUCAGAACUUACGGACCCGGUGCUCGGAUUGAGAGUGCGGCCCCCAUUAGACGCUGGGGUCCUCAGGUAGUUGAACAACAACUCCAGCAACAGCAAAUCCAGCAGAUGUUCAAUCCGUUCGGUUGGAUGGUUGAGACCACACCUACUCCCCCAGCAGUGCGCGAACUUCCAAAGAUCAGAAUCCCUACUGUGGAAGAAGUGGAAAAUGCGGUGAGUUUCAGUAAUAUGUUGUCGACGCAUUGUCAAAUAGAAAUUUCAUCAAACAGUGAGAAUUUCAGAUCCCCAAAGAAGGAAAACAGAUCAUCUCUGACGUAGCUAGAACAUUCCUCGCCGCUCUUCAUUAG